ACAAUAAGUGUACAUAACUGAUAUGCCAAUCUAAUCUUAAAUAAUUCUGUAGUGUUUACCAAGAAAAUAGGUACAUUAUGAUUAUAAAAUUAUAUUAAAGAAAUGAUAUAGAUGACGUAAUAGAAGUCAUUUUAAAAUUAAACAUUAAGCAAAUGUCUUGUAUUUAUUUUGAGAAAUACGUGUAUUUGUAUGUUAAAGCGAAAAGUAAUGCAUCAAAACGAAUAUGACUCAAGUGUUCAAUCAGAAAUGGAAGAGACGGCUCUUAGAGUAGAGCUCGAAAAUGAAUUCAAAAAUAAAAAGCAGUGUACAUAUCAGCCAUACGAGUGUACACAACUUUGUAUUGAUGGAUAUAAAUAUUGCUCCAAACAUAUUUUACAAGAUAAAAAUGCACCAUUCAAACAAUGCUCAUUUAUUUAUAGCAGUAAUGGAAAAAGAUGCAACCUACCUGCUCCUAGAAGUGAUAAAAAAGAUUAUGGGUACUGUAACGAACACGCUUUAAAAGCUACGCUAGCGAGAAAUAGACAAAAUGCAAAACAUCCUCUACCACGUACUGCUGAAGUUUUACUCCAUUCUUUGUCUCAUUAUGUAAAAAAACCAAGAAAUAGGAGUAACUCUUCCAGUACACAACAUUCCGAUGAUGGAGAUCGACUAACACCAGAUUCUGAAUUAAAAUCAGCCAAAUUCUUAGACCCAUUUGUUGAUUUCGAUGCUAACGCCGUGUACAAUGAUAAAUGUAACCAGGUACUCGAUGUAUGUAGUGAAUCAGAAAGUGACAUAGAAGCUUCAACAUUUUCCUCUGUUUGGCAAGAUGCACAAGCUGAUAGCUCUGAUGAUGAAAGUAUAGAUUCUGAUAAUGAUGAUGUUUUAAAACACGCAAAUGUUUAUACAGCUGAAGAGGUUACCCUUAUGACCAGGGAUAAAUUAAUAAGGCUACAAUCUUUAUAUAUUGAACAAUAUCGUCAUUUACAAUAUUUAUUGACUAAAAAGAGGAGAAAGUAUCUUCAUGCAUUGAAACGUGAAAAGGAGACGUGUUGUAACAUUUACAAUCAAAUUAGAGAUAACCCGAAAGAACAGAGGUUGUAUAGAAAAUUGAAAGCGCUAAACAAUUAUCAAAAAUGCCACGGUACAGAUGCCAUUCUAAGUAAACGAUUAAGGGAUCUUAGAAUGAAGUCUUCGGAAGGUAAUUCAAAAACACAGGUUUAUUCGAAAUGUAUAUUUACUGAAGGAGGAGUAAAAUGUGGCGAAAGAUCUUUACCAUUGGCUAAACAUUGCCAAAAACACAUAUUAGAGGAUCCACAUCAGGUUCUAUUCCGUGCUUGUGGGAAAGUAACAGCUGAUGUUGAAUGUCCUACUUCCAUUGCUGCUAUUUUUGAAGAUGCAACUUGCCCUCUCCACCUUGAAAUACCCCCAUUAAGAUCUUACUGUCAUGUUAGGAAAGAUUCAGAAUCGGAUGCUGAUGAAACUGUCGAUAAUCAUAUGAACUUUCAACCACCUACUCAUCUAACUGACAACAUUAAAACAGAAUUUAUAGAUUAUAGUAUUCCACCGGACAUACCGAAAAUGGAAUCUCUACCUACUAUGUUAUUCGAAGAAAGUGUACAGGAUGUUUCUGAAGAUGUGUCCAAUAAUAGUUCCACAAUUAAUUUGAACUUUUCAAAAACUCUAGAAGUUGAUAAGUCAUUGGAAAGUGAUAGAGACAAUAAAAUGGAAUUAUCAACAGAAAUAAUUGAUGAUAAAGUCGAUACUAAAGAGGAUGAUUUAGGAAUAAAUGAAGGAGUUGAUACUAAGAAGGACGGUUUGAUAGUGAAUGAAGAAGAUGUCAGUAAGAAUGUUGUUAAAGGUGAUGAAAAUAAUGCUGCAGUUGAAGAAACUAAUAAUACCGUAGAAGAACUUAUGGAUAUCACAGAAAAUGAUAUUGUUACAGAAAAUACUGUCAACAAAGGAAUUAAUUCAGUAGAUGAAAAGUCCAAUUUUACUGAACAAAUCAUGGCUACUGAUCACACUUCGAGUAUGGGAGAUACAGCUGUAGAUGCCCUUCUUAAAGCAGCUGAAAUAAUUAAUGACCAGGAUAAUAUAAAAAAAAUGAACGUUGAAAAUUCUGGUGUUAAUAAUGAAGAAUCUCAAAUUGAGGAAGUAAAAACUUGUGAUGUUACCGAUAAUGAUAAAAAUGAUGAAAUAGUACAAGAUGGUACUAAUAAUUGAAUGUUUUCUUUUUUUUUAAGAUAAGUUGUUAUGUAAGUUUUUUUUAAUAAAUUUAUAUAUAAAAA